AUUAUGAGCCUAUGGACUUGGUGAUGAUGCUGCUAUUGGUUAUGUUGUAUAAUGCUGUUCACAGGAAAUUAAAUAUGUCUUAUUAUCUGGGUUGCAGAUAUGUAAAUUCAGUUAAGAGGCCAGUCUAUUGGUGUCUCUCUCAUACAUUACAAAGGGUGUCACAGCCUGUCACUAAUGUGUGGGAACCCUGGGGUCGCAGAAGAAAGUAGCUUUAUUAUGCAUGGGUAUUCAAAGCACAGCAGUCUACAUAGGAGCUACAGUGAGGAGAUCACAUGAGAUACAAGAGAUUACUUUGGAUUUGCUCUCCUGUCAUUGUUACAAGUGAUGCCCAGUAGUGCACUGAUUGAAGGUUGUCGCCGAAAAGGAUUAUUUUGUACACACAAGACAGAUUUUUUGUAUUUAUUUUGUUGACUGGUCAUGGAGGGUAAUGAAGAGUGGCAGAGGUUAGCUGACAUGAUCCAAAAUUGGAACAACAACCGACUGGACCUGUUUGAGAUCAGUCCGCCGUGCAAGAACUUACUGUUCCACGGAGUGAUGCGGUUCUACCUGGAGGACGGUGCAGGGGGUAACGUUGCCACCAAGUGUCUGCGGAUUAGCAGCGGCACCACCACUGCCGAGGUUGUUGAGACGCUGUCUGAGAAAUUCAGACCUGACAUGAAAAUGCUGAACACUCCUUAUUACCUGUAUGAGAUCCACCCCAACCAUGAACGUCAGCUGGACUUGAGUGACAGGCCCUUGGUUGUGCAGCUGAACUGGAAAACCCACAACAGAGAGGGUCGCUUCGUACUCAAGAAAAUGAAGGACAAUAUUACACAGAACAACAGCCCAGAAAAAAAGGAGAAGGGAGGCAUAAUACAGAACUUCAAAAGGACUCUUUCCAGGAAAGAGAAGAAGAAGGAGAAGAAGAUUGUAGAUGUUUUUAACCACCUGGCCACUGUGGUUGAGCCGACAAUGAAGAAAGAGAAUGGGCAGAUAUCAGCUUCUGUGGUUCUGGAGAAACCAUCGACCAACAAGGAUACUGUUUCUCACCUUGAGACAACAGAAUGCCCGGAAAGUUCCAGGAAGGGAGGCAUUAUAAAGCCUAUAGUCUGUAAGCAGAGCCAACAGGAUUACGGAACAUGGAAUGGAAGAGCUCAGGCAAAAACAGAACAGCUGGCACUUCCGGUUGGUAUUAAAUUCAGGGAAAAUUCAGAGGACGCUUUCCUCUCUGCAGUCAUGAACUACACCAACAGUUCCACUGUCCACUUCAAGCUGACCCCUGCCUAUGUGCUAUACAUGGCCGGGCGCUAUGUGCUCCACCGCCACCACAGUCACAAUCAGGACACAGCGCAUAGUCAUCUCCCCUUAGAGCACACACACAGAAUCACCGCUGCUGUCAACAAAAUGGUGGUCAUGACAGAAGUGGUCAUUCUGAAACAGAACUCCUUAGCUGGUGCUGUAGCCUUCUGGAUGGCCAAUGCCUCAGAACUCUUGAACUUCUUAAAGCAGGACAGAGAUCUGAGCCCCAUCACACUUCAGGCUCAGGAGAACCUGGAAAUUCUGGUGGAAAAAGCUUUCAAGUGUUUGAUCCAGUGUCUGCUGACUGAUCUGACCAGACACAUGCCAGCAUUCCUGAUUGAUCCAGAGGUCCAGAGUCCAUCAGCUACAGAAAUGGAGGGGGUACUAAACACCCUGACAGGUGCCAUGUCACUGCUGCGCCGCUGUCGAGUCAAUGCUGCUUUCACCAUCCAGCUAUUCUCACAGCUUUUCCACUCCAUAAGUGCAUGGCUCCUCAACAGGCUGCUGAGCACCAGCCCCCUGGGAGAGGCCUGCUCCCUGGGCCUAAGGUCCCACUACUGGGGGGCUACCCUACGACAGAGGCUUAGCCUGGUGGAAGACUGGGCAGAGAAGCAGGGUUUGGAACUAGCCGCUGACUGCCACCUCAGUCGCAUUGUACAGGCAACAAUGUUGUUGACCAUGAACAAGUACUCUAUGGAAGAUGUGCAAAACAUCCAGAAUACAUGCUUCAAGUUGAACUCCUUGCAGCUUCGAGUAUUGAUGACCAGCUACCUCUAUGCAACCAAUGAGCCCAGGAUUCACCCGGGUUUGAUUGACAGAGUGGUGACUGCUGCAGAGUCCAGUGCUGAUGAGGUGGUGCGUAGUGAAGGGCGGGACAUACAGCUGGAGGAGGGGCCAGACCUCCGCCUGCCCUUCCUGCUACCUGAAGAAGGUUACUCCUGUGACACGGUCAGAGGCAUCCCACAGGGCUUCAGAGACUUCCUGGAACCUAUCUGCCGCAAAGGCCUCUGCACUCUGAUCUCUCACCCUCACGCUGGCGGUUCUUGGAACAUCUUUUUCAACAGAGCAAAUAGUUCCUUUAUACAGGAUACAAACUCGCCACAGCAUACAGAACCUGAGGUUAGGAAAAUAAUACUGAGGAAACCCUUGAACAGCGGAAUGGGGAUCAGCAUUGUGGCGGCCAAGGGAGCAGGACAAGAAAACCUUGGAAUUUACAUCAAGUCUAUUGUCAAGGGAGGACCAGCAGAAAUUGGUUAGAAAACUGGAGGGAAAAU